CGACGGCUCGUCUAGGGAUACUACCCUCACCUUCCAGGACCCGGAGUCCCGCUGGACACUGUAGCUGCUGCUGGAAGAAGAGAGGCUCAACUUGCCUCACUCAGUGCAGUGUCAGCUGUGCACAGAGCAGGAUAUUGGCGUACUGGUGUCGGCGCCGCUGUGUGGUUGUGCUAUAAUGAAGGUGUGAUGAGUGCUGUGAUCGCCUUUUGUGGUGCUGUGUUGUGAAUUUAGACACUGUGGAUAAGUUUUGGGCAACGCUGCUCCAUGGGUUGGUGGGGGGCUGUGCGGUGAGAAUGCCGGGGGCAGCGGCGGUGGUGCGCGAUUCUCGAAGCCGCCGCAAUGGGGGCGGAGGGAAGAGGCAGGUGCCCAAAAGGUCGUCCUCCUCCGCGGCGGCCCUGCAGAGGAGCAGAUCACCCGGGGGUGCAGCCUCUUCUUCGGCGGGAGACGACGUCGUCGCCACCGGUUACACCCAGUUCGACGCAGACCUGCCCCCUUUAGACGCCCCCGUCAUCGUACCCAGGACCAGAGGUCGCCAUGAAAAGGAAAAGAAGAAGGAAAGACCGUCGUCGGUCAUCAUACCUUCGUCCUCGUCAUCGUCGUCGUCGUCCGCGUCAGAUCGUCAAGUGAGGUUCCUUCAAGAUCACGACGGGUGUGAGAACGUGCGCGGAAGUCCUUCGCCGCUCGGUUCGUCGUCAGCGUCAUCCUCGGGAGUGUCGUCGGCGUCUUCAUCGCCCCCGACGGAGAAAGCCCGCUCACCCAACAAGCGCUCCAUUUCCAUGAACCACCACCACCUUCAGCGUCAUCAGCGCCAUCAUCGGCGUCUGUCGCCCGAGGGAAGGGCGUCCUCCGCUCAUUCAUCGUCGACGUCGCUGUCCCCAGGAGGAGGGAGCGACAUUUCCUUGAACGAAGACGACGUCACGUGUGCCAUAUGUCUAGACUUACUGCACAGGCCGCGUUCUCUGCCGUGCGGGCACACCUUCUGUCUCAUAUGCCUUCAGAACUACGCCAAUUCCUGCAGGACGAUCAUCACCUGCCCUUCUUGCCGCGGUGCCGCGCAGGUGCCCAAAGAGGGCGUGGUGGGAUUACCUCCGAACGUGACUCUGGCGGAAAUGGCGCAGAUCAUCAAAGAGCGCCGACUAGACAAAGGUAAAUACAUAUGUGGCAUCUGCAACGGCAUCACAGAUGUGCUGGAAUGCGGGCACUGCAAGGGCAUGUUCUGCAAAGGCUGCGGCGCCCCGCACCUGAAGCAGGUGCGGACUGAAGUGGAGGAGCUUCGUCAGCGUUUGGUGGCGGCCCGAGAUACCUUCUCCUGCAGGGUAGAAGAAGAUGAGACGCGCUUUAGAAGACUGGAAGAGACAAUUGAGGAGGUGGUGGAAGACAGGGUGGCUAAGCUGCAUGAAGAGGGUCGUAAGCUGCAAGCUCAGGUCCAAGAUAUGAGGAAGGACAGCCAAAAGCGAUCCGAGUCUCUCUCCCAGGAUAUAGACGAAGUCCUGGGGUCUUGUUCUAGUCAGACUGAGGAGCAGCAAAUGGAGUGGGAGGAGCUGAACCAACUUCAUGCCAGUCUCAAGCGCCUCCUGAAGGCGACCUCCAACGCCAAGGGCCCAAGAGUCACCCUCGACGAGGCCUCCCUCUCGCUUAGUACCUCGUCCUUGAUAGCUGCAGAAGACGCGGAGCCCAAGGAGGAAGAUGACGAAGACCGACCUCUGACUUCCCAGGAUCACAGCCUCCAUUACAGGAUCAAAGGAACGCUGUCGCGCAUGCGCUGGGGACAACAUCUUGGCGAGAGACCUGCAGGCGUCGCCGUCAACCCCAACAAUUCAGACAUCUUCGUGACGGGGAGUGACACCUGCAGGAUCUUUGUGUUCGACAGCAGCGGGCGGCAAAUCGGAAGCUUCGGGUCUCGCGGACAUAACGACGGCCAGUUUCUGUGCCCCAUCGGCAUUGCCUUCAGCCACGUCUCUAAUGAAGUCCUUAUCACAGACAAGUGGAAACACUGCAUUCACGUCUUCGACACCGACGGAAACUUUAUUCGUCAGCUGGGUCGCAAAGGCAAAGGGUACGGACACUUCUCGUCGCCAGAGGGCAUUGCUACUGACCGCCAAGGCAGGAUCUACGUGGCGGAUACCUGCAAUCACCGCGUUCAGAUUUUGGACAGCGACGGCGUCUUUUUAAAAGAACUGGGCGUGGUGACAUCUGUAACUCUUGGUGAUGGACAGAGGUACACGAAGAGUGAGUUCAACGAGCCAACGGGCGUGGCUGCAAGUCUGGACGGUUCCAAAGUCUACGUGGCCGAUGCUGGAAAUCAUAGAAUUAAGGUGUUCAACGGAUUGACGGGCGAGCGUGAGCUAAUGUUCGGCUCCCGCGGCAAACACAAAGGUCAGUUCGAGUCACCCGAAAGCAUUGUUGUUGACGCCGAGGGCUUCAUGCUGAUCGGGGACUCGGGCAACGGCAGAGUACAAGUCUUUAGACCUAACGGAAACUUUGUCAGGUUUCUGGGCAGCAGAGGCAACAAUCACGGUGAAUUUGGGUGGGUGUCUGGCGUCGCUCUGUCGAAGUCCUUCGACGUCGUCGUCACCGAUUUCAAGAACAACCUGGUGGCUGUCUUCUGAGGGGAACCAGUCGCGUUUUCGUUAGACUUUGAUUUGGAAGCGGUUGUUGAUAAUUUCCGCCUCGUUUUUUGAGUUAUAGAUAAUGAUUGCUUAGUUUGAGUGUGUUCCCAGUAUGUUGACAAAGAAAUUGUGAUAAAAUUUUAAUUUGGUUGUCAGUACUGAAUUUUACCCCAAGAAACGAGGUAGAACUUGCAGUCAAACAAAACUUGAUUAAAUGUAUACUGUCCGCGAGAUUCAGUUGAUUAAUGGUAUCCUAAAAUAUUCCAUUGUUUUGAUCGAUAUAAAAUCAAACUAUUUUGCUAAAGAUUGCAAUCAAGGUAUAUAGUCUCUAUAAGCCUUGAUUGCAAUGAUAUCAGAAUCUUCACCCGUGUAAUAUUGUAUAUCCUGACAAGUGUUCAAGGCAAAGAACUCAUUAGAAUAGGAGUAGGAGUAUUAGGUCCUUAAAAAUGUUGGUUCCUACUGACAUUUAUUUCAUGAAGUAUUUGCUUUAUGUUAAAGUUAGUGCUAUGAUUUAUUUGUUUUGUCAGCCUUCUUUUCAUAAAUUCGGCAGCUCUCCAUUGUCCUCUCCUUUUACUUAAAUAAUCCGUGUCUUGUUUCUUCUCUGUGUCCCACUCGACAAAAAGAUCUCCCUAUCGUAUUUUCAUUAUUUGUCUUCCGUUCACAACAAUUGACCUUUUGUGUGGUAAUGAUGUAACAAUGGAUGUGUUGUAUACUUAUGUGUUUUUGUAUUUAUGUAUUACACAUUUAUAACGGUAUCUAUCUCAGUCACUCAUUCAGUGGAUUGUAUGAUUGUUGUUGCUAGUAAUGAUUAUAUUAAAAGAAAUCUUAUGCAAAUCUACCUGUCAGUUUUUGCAAGGUAGAGACAUUUAUUUCCAAGACAAAAACCGUGUUGAAAUUUUAGAGUUUUAUCAUUUAAUUUUGAGCAUGUAUCACAUGUAUUAGAAAUUGAGCGGUGCUCUAAAAAUUGAUAUGUGUUCUCUUGAUUGAAUGAAUGAUUUUUUUUAAUCCUGGAUGAUUGUGAUGUACCCUGUGAUAAUCUGUUGUAAUAAACCAAGAUAUGGCUUCCUUUUUGACACUUGGCGGCAUUGCUGUAAAUAAAAUGUUGGUUUUAAAAUCGC